AUGAAGUGGUCCGUAGGUCUCACUCUCCCUCUCCUUGCUGCGGCCGCUCCACUGGCAGAUGGGGAACGCAAUCAUGUUCUCAUCGAGCGCCAAGUGGGCGGUGGUGCAGGAUCACCCUUUUCCGGCUUUUUUGGCUCAGGAGAGGCCAAGUUGCCAAUCUCGGUGACGAAACUCGAGCCUAAAAUCAACCCCAAGGCUACGCGUGAAGCGCUCGUCUGGGGCCCGUACAAGCUUCAGCCAUCAAAUGGCACACAUGUUGGCGGUGGAUUCAAGAUGGACCCCAACAGCGACAUUGUGACCGGCCGAAUGGGAGGGCUAUGUGCGGAUUGCAUGGUCCUCGAAGCAUCGUCCGAGACAACAUUCAAGGACGGAAAGCGAAUGGGGUUGGGAGAUGGCCUCUAUACCCAUCACAUUCUGUUCAUUGACUCGGGAAGACCUUCGGUCAAGUCACCGUUAAAGCCUGUCUGCACUAACGGCACAGCAGGUAUGACCAUGACCCGGCCAGGAGGAGGCGUUGUGGCCCCGAUCCAAGAAACGGGAGGGAUUGAAGAUACCUCGCCCGGAAUCUCGACAGGCGAUAGCCAUUCCCAUGGUCAUAAAGUCCGAAGAAGUUCUUCGCUUCCGCUUGACCGGCGACAAAUGGCAUUCCCGGGUAUCUCGCUUUUGGUCGGAAUCGGCCAUGACGCAACGCCGCAUGUAUACGACGUCAAGGGCGAUGAUGUCAAUGCUGGCUUCUACAUCGGCGCUGGUGAUCCCAUUAUCAUGAUGGCGGAGCUCAUCAACUAUGAUCCCGCUGAGAAGGAGACGUAUAUCAAGCUGGAAUAUGAAUAUCUCUCAGGUGGCCGACCUGAGGGAUAUCUCGAUGUUGUGCAGAAUGCAAUCAACAUGGAAGGUUGCAAGUUUGCCGGGCUGUCAAUUUUUCCGCCAGCAGAUGGGCCGGUCAUUUAUGAGUCGAACAAAUAUGAUGUUAUCGCAAACGGAUAUCUCAUGAAUUUGAGCCCUCAUCUCCAUGACGGUGGUAUCGAUUUCCAAGUGUACGUCAACGAGAAGGAAGUCUGUAACUCCAAAGCUAUUUAUGGUGGUGGAGCACAAGCAGUCGGCGAGGAACCAUGGGAGACGAUCGUGGGAUACGAAAAAUGCCCCGAAGGCAUCCGCAUCGUCAAGGGAGAUCAGGUACAUAUCAAGGCAAAAUAUGACUUGACGCAGCAUCGACUACGACCUUCUUCCGACGGCGACGACCAUGCUCAUGGAGAAGGAGCAGAGGGCAUGGCCUUGUCCAUCACUGUCUUUGCUGUUGAGUAA